GAGGUGAUCUAUUCCCGACGAUCCGUUUCUUUGACCUGAGGACAUUGCUCUAGAGUGUAGCGGAACCGAGCAACCACAUACGUACAUACAUGAGCAUCAAACUAACCACCUACGGUGAGCUUCCACUGGAUAUUCCAGAACACUUGCUAGAAGCCCCCACGAUGUGGGAGAGAAGGAAGGGAGGGAGGGGGGGCCCUGCAGGCGGACGGGCAGUCAUAGCAGUCCUAGCAGCCAGCGCGCAUGGAAGCUGUCGCACGGCCACCGUUCGAUCGAUUCGUAUUGCUCGGUCGGAUAAGUGGAGGGGCGGCGGCGUCCGAAGAUGGCAAUUGCCUGCUCCGACAGGAGGACAUGCCCGUCGCAGCCGAUUAGGAAGGCAUUGCAGCUGCCGUGCUCUCGUUCGCAGUCCACCUUGUACGCAGCAGCAGGUGUCGGUUGGGGGGAGAAUCGGUCACAGGCCUGUCCCUGUCGCACGGUGUUCGGAGUUGGUACCUGUUGAUGACGAGCUCGCAACUCCGGCCUGCCGACCACCUCAGUCCCGUUUACGCGUACAUGUACCUGAGUCGGGACAGCAGGUGGGGGUUGGUGGGCGCUAUGCACAUGGCAGGCCCCAUAAUCCCGCCAGAUUCAGCCAAAUCUGCCUCCCCUCCCCCCUCCCCCGGUGGGCGGAAUUUACCACAUCGAGGCGAAUCGACCUCGUUCUGGAUGCUUGGGAUCGAUAAUUGGCACUUUAUUCUCCGUCCUAUUGGUUGCCUAUAGCCUCCGAGAAUUACCCUCCAUUCCCCCUUGGGACACCGGUAACGUCGCGAUGGGAUGCAUACAUAGCUCAGCAGUCAACUCCCCAACGCC